AUGCCGCCGUUAGCAAAGAAGUUAGUAAAAGCCAGAAGGAGGAAGAGUCGCAAAAAUAGUCUGCGUGGUGUUAAUGUCAUGUUUGUAGAGGAUGUUUCGGGGGAAUCUCCCAGCACAGAAUCUUCCUUUUCUUUGCAUACUAGUGAGCUUCGAUUGCAAGAGUCACUUCUUGUACCUGCCCAGUCUACGACACAGAGAUGGGGUGAGACGGGCGGCGUAUCAAUUUCAUCUAAUAGUACGGCUAAUAAUACACUUAGGAUUCCGUCCAGAGCACUACCUUCUAACAUGUUAGGUUCUUCUUCAGAUGCGAAUGUGCAUCCGUCAAAUAAAUCGAGUCUAGGCUCAUUGCAACCUUUUUUAAAUAACGCAAUUAAGGGUGUGGUUACGAUACCGUCUAAGCUUCCAAAAACCGUCGAAGAAUUGAUAGUUCUAAUCAAAUCCACAUUUGCUCAAAGUUUUAAUUUAAACUAUACCCAAAAUGAAUUAAAGGCUGUAUAUCGUCGUGAAAGCGAAACAAUAGAAGAGUACGGAUUUCGAGUAAAUGAUAUUCUAGAUCGCGGGGUACAGGCGGCGAAAGAAAAUUUGAAUUCGAAGGAAUUUGGGGAAGUUAAAAAAUUGCUUAUGACGAGCGCGAUGACCGGAUUUUUAAGGGUGAUAUUAAAGAAUUAAGGGAAGUUAUAAAAUUAGCGUCUAGAAUUGAAAAAUAUGUAAACUCUCCACGGACAUCUAGA